UACCAUGUGAACCGUUACAUAACACGGAACGUGCAGUGAAGUGCUUGAUUUAUUAAAUAUUUUUUUCGUUAAUAUAUUUAUGAAAAUACGGUUAAGAAUAGGGAAUAAUAACGCAAUGUGUUACUGCAGAGAAUUGGAAACACGCAAACCGUUGUCAUUCAAAUUCAAAGGAGUUAUCACCCUCGUCCUUUUCUUCGCAAUUUUCGAUUCGAGUCAUCAAGGGUCAAUUCCAAACACACUCGAAUGGGAAUGUGCUCCAGACGACACGAUUAUACCCGAUCCUCAUGACUGUCGAAAGUUCUACAAUUGCGUUUAUGGAAGGCUCAAGUCUGAGACGUGUCCUGUAAAUACUCAUUUUAACCCAGACUACCUAAUCUGCGAUUGGCCUGAAAAUGUCCACUGCGCACAAGGAACCGUAAGAGUCCCUAAAGGGCCUUUCGGCUCCUCCCCGUACGUAAGCGAAGACUCUUCAGGGGGAGACAAUUCUGGAAUGCACUCUUCCAAUGGCGACGACACUUCUCAAGGUUCAUCUUCAGGAAGUUACGGUUCGGGUUAUGGAAACUCACAAUCGUACUAUGGGAACAAAGGUUAUUCUAGUUCUGCUAGUAAUGCUGGGUCAUACGAACCAAACAGUGUUACAGGUUUUACAAAACAACCUGGUUCCCUUUAUUCUAAUAAAAAUACAGGAAAAUAUGGAUGGAAUGGCCAAAAUCAGGGUAAACCAUCGUGGUUGACACAUGGUGGAUCGUCUUCAUAUCCUGGAAGUAGAGGACCAUCUGGUCCUUCGGUAUCAUAUGGUGCUGUUGUAGGGCCAACAGGACCUCAUGUUUCUUAUGGGCCUCUUGUAGGGCCCAAAGGUCCAUCAGUAACCUACGGAAAAAGCAUAGGUCCUGUGGGACCUUCAGUAUCUUACGAAGGCCAGGUAGGCCCAAAGGGUCCUACUGUGUCAUAUGGAGGCGGGGUAAGCCCGGAAGGACCUUCGAUAUCUUAUGGUGGGCAUGAAGGCCCGAAUGGUCCUUCUGUAUCUUAUGGAGUUGGGAGAGGCCCAGGAGAACCUUCAGUAUCUUAUGGAGGACAGGAGGGCCCAAGUGGUCCCUCUACUUCUUAUGGAGGACAGGAAGGCCCAAGUGGUCCCUCUACUUCAUAUGGAGGCAACACUGGAUCAGCAGGAUCUUCUGCAUUGUACGGUAAAAAUCAAGGACCACAAGGUCCUUCUGCAUUUUCACCAGAAAAUAUUGACAUGACUAGGCCAUAUAAUCAAGGAUCAAGUUCUGGAUUAAACGGUCCUAUACCAAGUGGUCCAUCAAAUUCCUAUUCUGGAAAUUCUGGAAAUUCUGAACCGAAUAGUGUAUCGGGAUAUUAUCCUGGAAGCUAUCCGCCAAAUAACGAUCAAUCUAAACCCUACUCGAGUUACGGAGGCAUGGGGGGAAAUCAAGGACAAUCGAGUUCUUUCGGAAACGGCUAUCCUAGUCAGCCUUACGGUCCAGGUGGGUAUUAUCCUUUCUGUACCGAUCAGUCUCAUCAGCAUUCUAAUCCAAAAGAACACGAAGCAUCUGGGAUACAGACCACUACAACAGAUAAUUAUUCUGGGCCAACCAAUGCACCUCCAGGUGACUCAACUACAUCUGCGGCAUCACACCCAGGAAAUGCGGAAUCGACCGGCUCCCCUACCGUAUCCACUUCGCAACCUUCCAAUAAUAAUGAGAUUUCCAGUACACCAUCGGACUGGAAGUCAUCAACACUUCUGCCGCAAACUAGUACCACGUUACCAAGUGGCAUCACAACAACGAGUUCAAAUGCUGCACAAGAAGAAGGGCAACAAGGGGGCCCAUCAACGAAUACAGCAAAGAAAAGUAAACGUAACUGUGUUUGUACAGACGAAUGAAAGCGAACGUUUGAUUGUUAUUGUUAUAUAUCAUAAAAUAAAAAAUAUAAAAGAA